GGGUAUACCUAUAUAGACGGUGUUUGACACAUCGGAAAGGAGUGUGAAUGAUCGUGAAAAUUCAGGAUCAAAGUUGUACAGUGUCGAAUUAGUUUUCAAUGCAGUUAUAAAGAAAAACCAUCCAUUUGGAAAUCAGUUAAUGUAAAUACAGCACUGUACGAUUUUCAGCAACUGACAAAAUGCCGGCUUAUCAUUCUAGUUUUACGGGAACGAAAAAUAGUUUAGGUAAUAUGGCCUUGUUACCUCUGAAAACAACUUUUAGAGGUCCUGCCCCACCCCUUGCUAAUGGAGAAGAAAUGGAUAUCAUCGAUGAAGCAUUAUAUUUUUUUAAAGCUAAUGUGUUUUUUAGGACAUAUGAGAUCAAGAGUGAGGCUGAUAGAGUCUUAAUAUAUGUAACUUUGUACAUAACAGAAUGUUUAAAGAAAUUACAAAAAUGUAUUAAUCAGCAUCAAGCUCAGAAUGAGAUGUACUCGUUGGCGAUUUCGAAGUUUGAUAUCCCUGGAGAUGCGGGCUUCCCACUCAAUUCUGUCUAUGCCAAACCAAACAGUCCGACUGAAGCUGAUGCCAUGAGACAGUAUUUGUUACAAAUAAGGCAAGAAACAGGAUCUCGUCUAAUCGAGAAAGUUUAUGGAGCUGAUGGAAAACCAAGCAAAUGGUGGCUGUGCUUCGCAAAAAAGAAGUUUAUGGACAAAUCAUUAUCAGGUCCUGGCCAAUAAUGAAGUACUUGUAUUGAUAUGUAAAAUUUUAAUGCUGAUGCAUUUAUUACAAACUGUAAGUUACAAAGUUUUCUUUUUUUUUAAAUUUAUUAUUUUCUGUUUUUACAUAUGCAUUGAAAAUAAAUUAAAAAAUUUUUCCAUAUAAAACGUUA